ACUACCUAACAGGAAUUGCUGAUUGGAUGAAAGAAAUGGAAUGUUCGAGAAUGACACGUGUUACCCACAGUGACUAUUAAAGCCUGAGGUUUUGUUAGACGAAAUACCUACAAAAAUCUUCUCCUUUAUAGUCCAGCUGAUUACUUGCGACACCGAAACAUGAAACUGAAAGUCAAUUCACCAAACGUUCGAUACACGGAUGAGCAUAUUGAAGCCGAUUAUGUUUACAGAACAACUAGUAUUGAUCAUAUGGAUGAUCUUGUGGUUGCUACCCCGAAACAAACAAACUAUCAGUUUAGGACAAAGACUGCAGUCCCAAAGCUAGGUGUCAUGCUAGUAGGAUGGGGUGGUAACAAUGGUUCUACUGUAACGGCCGCUGUUCUUGCUAAUAAGCACAAGAUGUCUUAUAUGACUAGAAACGGAGAGAUCAAAGCAAACUACUUUGGCUCCAUUACCCAAGCCUCGACUGUCAGCAUGGGAUUUGAUUGUGAUGGAAACGAAGUUUACAUACCAAUGAAAGACUUACUUCCUAUGGUUAAUCCAGACGAUAUCGUGUUUGAUGGAUGGGAUAUAUCAUCUGCUAACUUGGCUGAGGCUAUGAAGAGAGCCCAAGUGCUUGAUAUUGAGUUACAAAAUCAGCUAAGUCCUUACAUGGAAAAGAUGAAACCACGACCAAGCAUCUAUUAUCCUGAUUUCAUUGCUGCUAAUCAGUCAGAUAGAGCAGAUAAUGUCAUUAAUGGAACAAAAAGAGACCACGUAAAUAAGAUACGUGAAGAUAUUAGAGAGUUCAAGGCUGAAUCUGGAGUUGAUAAAGUCAUCGUUUUAUGGACAGCCAAUACUGAGCGUUUUUCUGAAAUAAAGCCAGGUCUGAACGAUACUGCAGAAAACCUUUUGCAAGCUAUAGAAAACGACGAAGCAGAAAUUUCCCCAUCAACUAUUUUUGCUGUAGCUUGCAGCCUUGAAGGCGUUACUUACAUCAACGGCUCCCCCCAGAACACAUUUGUACCCGGUGCAAUAGAACUUGCCGAACAGAAAAAAGUAUUUAUUUCUGGAGAUGACUUCAAAUCUGGUCAAACAAAGUUAAAGAGUGUGUUGGUUGACUUCCUAGUUUCCGCUGGAAUUAAACCUACAUCUAUUGUGUCCUAUAAUCAUUUGGGAAAUAACGACGGAAAAAAUUUAUCCGCCCCACAAACUUUCAGGUAUAAUUUUAUAAUACAAACUGUUUUCAGAGUGCAUGCAUCUUUUCAAAUAUGCAAUCUUUAUUGGGUCAUUUUAAAAUUUUCCUUAUUGAUGCAGAUCAAAAGAAAUAUCAAAAUCGAAUGUAGUUGACGAUAUGGUAGAAUCAUCAAGAGGAGUGUUGUAUGAUUCUGAAGAAAAGCCAGACCACUGUGUGGUUAUUAAAUACAUCCCAAAUGUUGGAGAUUCGAAAAGGGCUAUGGAUGAGUACACUUCUGAGUUGAUGAUGGGGGCGAAGAAUACACUAGUUAUUCACAAUACUUGUGAAGAUUCAAUGUUGGCUUCUCCAUUAAUCUUAGAUCUCGUUAUUAUUGCUGAAAUCUGUGAGAGAAUAACAUUUAAAGUAGGAGAUGAAGAUUUUCAAAGAUUCAAUCCUGUAUUGUCAAUCCUCAGCUAUUUAUGCAAAGCACCUCUAGUUCCAAAAGGGACCCCCUUAGUUAAUGCUUUAUUCAAGCAGCGACAGUGUAUAGAUAAUAUCUUCAGAGCAUGCAUUGGAUUAGAUCCAAUCAAUCAUAUGCUCCUCGAGUAUAAACAUGAGACAAUUCCAGAAAGGCAUAUUCGUCCAGCAAAUGAAAAAGUUGGUCAUAUCUUAUCAAGGGAUAACUCAAGCAGCAGAAUCAUUGGACAUGGAUUAAUUAACGGUUAAGGAAGAGUAAUGAAAUCAUCAAAAUAGGAAUUUUUUUUCUGCAAAUUGUAAAUGUUUUUUCCUAAGUUUUUCUUUAUGAAAUUUGCUUAGAGUAGCAACAAGGCGUAAAGUACAAAUACAGCUCUCCACUUAAAUGUUUUUAUUUAUCUUUUUAACAUCUAAUUUUCUAUACUUUGAUUUAGUUUCAAGGAGAUUCCAAAGAUUUAUGUUUUAAAGAUCUACUUAAAAUGAGAACUCUGUGAAACAAAAAAUUUUUGAUGAAAUUUUGUAAUAAAAGUAUCUAUUAAAAACAUGUAUAUCCUUUAGUUUUUUUUCAUUUGAAUAUUCAAGUUGCUGUUGUAGAUAUAAGUCUUAGAAUAGAAAUGCAAGUUCGACAAGAAUUUAAGCUGUCAUUGGUUUUUUUCCCCAAUAGACAGUGAUGACCCCUAUCGUUUAUCUUAAAACUAAAUAUACCAGAGCGGAAAUUUACAACUAUGUUGUUAUAAAAACAUUUAUUGCAACGGAUCAUAUGUUAAUUACAUCCUCAUCUUCGCUUAAAAAUUCAAUGUGUUUGCUUAAAAUUUUGAACAGAUGAUAUUGAAAACCGAAGGUCAAGAAACCAAAAACAUGUCCAUAAAGUUUACUCUUCAAACUGUUUAAUGAUAUCUCUGAAGUACUGUUUUUUUAUAGUCAUAUAUCAUUAUUAAAAUAAAUAUUAUAAAAGUCAGCUUAAUAAUUAAUACGGACUUGCUCCAAUAGCUUUAAUCUAUUUUUCUAAUUAUAGAAGUCAGUUACGUAAAAUUAAUUUUUUGGAAAAUAAUU